AUGACAUGGAUAAAAACAUUAAAAAAUCUAACAGAAACUGGUGGUCGUACAGUUAUGUUAGAAUGUCAAGUUCAAUCUCUAUAUCCAGUAACAUUUAAUUGGUAUAGAUAUAAUAAUCCACUUGAUAGAAAAUCUUUUCUUGUUGAUGAAAAUUUAUUUCGAUCAAGUAUUCGUUUAAAAAAUUUAAAAGAAUCUCAAGCUGGUUUUUAUACAUGUGAAGUAUCAAAUGGUUUUCAAACAUUAACAUCAACUGGAUUUGUACGAGUUCAAAAUCCUGAUAUCGAUCCAAUUGAUUUAAAUGAUGAUUUAUUACCAUCUAUUGAAUUUCAACCUGAAAUUAUUUCAACGAAUGAAGAAUCAAUAGAUAAAUUGAAAUGUGAAAUAUAUACAGGAAACAUUUGUCGAUCAAUUAUUGAUUCGAAAUAUAUUUCAGUAGCAAAUUUAGAUCAACAUGAUAUUGAACAAAAUUUAGCUGAUAAUAUGAAAUUAUUAACAAAUGAAUGUCGACAAGUUUUAUUACCAAUGAUUUGUUUAUUUGUAUAUCCACUUUGUGAUUAUAAUCGAAAAAAUAUUCGAUCAAUAUGUCGAAAAUCUUGUUUUCAUUUUCAAAAGAAUGCUUGUAUGAUAAAAUCAUCGAAUCAACAAGAACAAUUAUAUCCGAGUUUUCAAGUUUCACAUAGUAUACCAACAUGUGAUAGUUUACCACCUUCAAGUGAUGAUAUAUCUUGUGUUAAGAUUGAACAACAACGAAAUGUUUCUUCAUCUUCAAAUACUCCUUCUGUUAUCCAUCAUCUAUUAUCACCCGAUUCUCCUUUGAUUAUUUUCCUAAGUAUUUUUUUACCUAUUGUUUUUCUUGGUUCACUUAUGCUACUAUUAUAUUAUCAUUGUUGUCAUAAUCGAAAUAAUGAAAUUCAUACAUCAUCAACAAUAACACCUAUGAAAAAAUCUUCUCAUCUAUUAAAUUCAAUUCCAACAUCAUCACCAUUUCAUUCCACAGUAAAUAUUAUACAAAAUCAUCAUAAUAUAACAUCAUCAUCAUCAUCAUCAACAAAUACACAUUUAACUAAUUUACAUUAUCGUCAACCAUUACUUAAAUCGGAAUCUAUAUAUCGACAAACAUAUCUUCCAUCCGGCGGUAAUUCACUAGGUGAAAUUUCAUCAACAAAUAUCCGUUUUUUACAAGAACUUGGUGAAGGAGAAUUCGGACAAUUAUAUAUUGGUGAAUUAAUUAAUAAUUCAAAUAAAUGUAUGAUUAAAAUGUUACAAAAUGAAAAAUUUAAACAAGAUUAUUUACACGAAAUUGAAAUUUUUAAUCAAAUUCAUCAUGUAAAUAUUUCUUGUCUUCUUGGCAUUUGUAUUCAAUCAGAUGAUUCAUUUCCAUUGAUGAUUUAUGAAUAUUCUACGAAUGGAGAUUUACAUGAAUAUUUAAUUUUACAAGAUUCAAAAACAAUUGAUUUAUCUGAUCUUCUUUAUAUAUCAAUACAAAUUGUAUCAGGAAUGAUAUAUUUGUCGGAGAAAAAUUUUCUUCAUAAUGAUUUAUCGGCAAAAAAUAUUCUUAUAUCUGAGCAAAUGAAUAUAAAAAUAACAAAUAUAGCACGUUAUCGUCGAAAAUAUCAUUUAGAUUAUUAUAAAAUAGCAAAUCGUUUAUUACCUGUUCGAUGGAUGUCAAUUGAAUCAUUAUUAUCAGGUAUCUAUUCUGAAAUGUCUGAUGUUUGGUCAUUUGGUGUAUUAUUAUGGGAAAUGUUUUCAUAUGGUACACAACCAUAUUCUGGACAAACAAAUCCUGAAGUUAUUGAAAUGAUUCGUGAUAGAAAACUAUUAACAUGUCCAAUGAAUUGUCCAAAAAAAAUUUAUACAUUAAUGUGUUUAUGUUGGGAAGAAAUAAUUGAACAACGACCAACAUUUAUUGAACUUAUGAGAAGAUUAAGACAAUUUGAAGACAAAUCCACAACAACAACAUCAUCAAUUGAUGAUGAAUUUCUAUCAGAUAAUCAAAUAGAUGAAUCUUCUACUGCAAAAAAGCAUAUAACAUUGAUACCAUUUAGUGAACAAACUGCUUCACAUUCAAUACUUGCUGAUAGAAAUAAUAGUAUUCGUAUUGAAACAUAA